CAUUGGUUCACAUGCACCUCAAUAAUUAGUUAAAUAAGUAAGAAUAUUAUAUUCUAUAUUAUAUUAUAUAUUGAGUACUCCAGUACUUUUUGGGGAGAAUUACCCAACAAAAACACCUCAUUGAUUAUCCAGGUCAGCAGAAAGGGAGGCUUUCCCAGGUCAGACAAGCGUUGAGACCUCGGACACGCUGCAGGGCAGCAUGUUCUGCGUCUGUCCCAAGGUCCCCUCCAGGCAUACACAGGAGAUGACAGAGUAACCUCACCUGGCUACAGUGUUUCCCCAUCAUAUUGUGGUUCAUCGUUCGCCUCGCUUUAUCCAGGAUGUUUUAAGCAAUAAUUUUUUUAAUGGGGUUUUACAGUAUACUUAAUUGUAAAGCCCGUAAAUGUGGGAAAGGAGAGCCACAGUUGCAGAUACAGUUUUCAGUCCUUUAUUGAACCCCAGGAGAACAGUAGAACAUAUAUACUCAAUGAGAACACUCACGACGCAGGAGCUUCUGUUGGCCACAGCUCACGACCAGACACUAACACGCAGGCUCACCGACAUCACGCCUCACCCAACCAGGCCGCGCCUUUUAAAGCCUCAGCCAUCCAAGAGUUCCUCUUCUCAUCAUAUCUCGUAAUGUGAGCCUAGACACCCAGCGGAGGAUAACAACUUCAGCCAGAACUUUGUUCUUUCAGUCACUAUGCACAGUUUGUGACCUGAGGUGACCAGUCAGUCAACCGUUAAUCUCUCCCUUCACCACGAAAGUCCAAUAAAUAUGAAUGCAAUAUGGAUACAAUAUAUCGACCACAUCAUUGCAGGCACGUACCUUACGCUCCCAACUUCCCUUAUUCAGGAACAACACCUCGGAAUUCUUGAAUUCCUCCAACCGAGGCAGGACUUCACUCCUGGCUUUGAGGGCGCAAUAAUUUUUUUCUGACUGACAAACAUGGCCUCAGAUUUCGAGGCCUGACAACCAGCUGAUACACUCAGCUAUGAGCUGUCCCAACAAACGCUAAAGCCUCGAUGAUGGGCCAUUAGGACCAUAUCUUUCACAAAUAUCUUCAGGGCAUCAAACUGGACAGCCUCUAUAUGCCUUGGCUGCAUCUAGGUAUUUCAUAAAAUAAAAUGAAUACACCCAGUGACAAAGCACACCCUUGGUGGAAUCCAAUUUGGAACACCGUCUAAUGCCUUUUACAAUUUCAUAAAACACUUGUGCACUGAUUGGGCAAAGUACCAUACACUCUCAAGGACCUUACAAAAGAUGUAGAGCUUGUACAGAGUUUCACAACUGGAACAAUAAUCAAAUUCCACCUCCCAGAUCUAUGGCUAGACUAACAGACUCUCCUCUCCAGUACUCAGGAAUAGGCUUUCCUAGGUAGCCAGAGGAGUGUGAUCCCCCUGGAUUUGGAACAUACACACCGGUCCUCCUUCUUAAAAUAGGGCACGACCAACCCACUCUGCCAAUACAGAGGUACUGCCCUUGCCUUCCCCGGAAGAAAGGUGAAUCCUAAAACUGGUUACAUCGAUUAUGACAGACUUCAAGAAAAUGCACAGCUUUUCCACCCCAAACUCAUCAUUGCAGGAACGAGCUGCUAUUCCCGUAACAUUGACUAUGCCCGCAUGAGGCAGAUCGCUAGAGAGAAUGGCGCGUAUCUGAUGGGAGACAUGGCGCACAUCAGUGGACUGGUGGCUGCCGGAGUCGUGCCUUCACCCUUUGACUACUGUGACAUUGUUUCCACAACGACACACAAGACACUGCGCGGCUGCAGAGCCGGACUGAUAUUCUUCAGGAAAGGUGUGCGCAGUGUUGACGCCAAGGGGAAGGAGACUACAAUGUACAAUCUCGAGUCUUUAAUCAAUCAAGCCGUCUUUCCAGGGCUGCAGGGCGGCCCACACAACCAUGCCAUCGCAGGUGUUGCUGUGGCUCUCAGACAAGCCAUGACACCAGAGUUUAAAGCUUACCAGAUGCAGGUUCUUGUCAAUUGUCAAGCUCUUUCCACUGCCCUCAUUGAAUACGGCUACAAGAUUGUUACUGGUGGUUCUGACAAUCAUCUUAUCCUGUUGGACCUGCGCAGCAAAGGAACAGAUGCAGUACGAGCCGAGAAAGUUCUGGAAGCCUGUGAUAUUUCUUGUAAUAAGCACGCCUGUCCAGGGGAAACAACUGUAAUGAGCCCCAGUGGACUCAGACUCGGCUCUCCGGCACUCACAUCCAGAGGCUUGCAGGAAGAUGACUUCAGGAAGGUGGCAGACUUCAUUCAUAGAGGCAUUGGGCUUACCCUGGAGGUGGAGAGAAGUUUGGAUCCGAAGGCCACUCUGAAGGAAUUCAUCCAGGCGUUGGCCCAGGACGAGAAGUUCCAGCAGCGUGUAACUGAGCUCAGGACAGAGCGGGAAUCGACGAACUCAUCGCAUUCAAGCAUGCAGGAUUUACUGGCUAGCGCGGACCACAUCAAGUUCGACCUGGAGAUUGCCGUGGAGCAACAGCUGGGGGCUCAGCCUCUGCCGUUCCCCGGAAUGGACAAAUCCGGGUCUGCUGUAUGUGAGUUCUUCAUGAGAGCUGCGUGCAUGAAAGGUGGGAUGUGUCCUUUCCGUCACAUCAGUGGAGAGAAGACGGUCGUGUGCAAGCACUGGCUCAGAGGACUUUGCAAAAAAGGAGAUCAGUGCGAGUUCCUCCACGAGUAUGACAUGACGAAGAUGCCUGAAUGCUAUUUCUACUCCAAGUUUGGUGAGUGUAGCAACAAGGAAUGUCCAUUCCUGCACAUCGAUCCUGAGUCCAAGAUCAAGGACUGUCCCUGGUAUGACCGAGGAUUCUGCAAACAUGGUCCUGACUGCAGACACAGACACACAAGAAGGGUGAUUUGUGUGAACUACCUGGUGGGUUUCUGUCCAGAAGGAAAGUCUUGCAAAUUUAUGCAUCCUCGUUUUGAAUUGCCAAUGGGAGCUCCUGAGCAGCCUCCUCUGCCACUACAAAACCAAAAUCAGAUAAAGACGGGCCCUAUCAUGGGCCGCUCGUCAUUCUCAGCCAUCCACCUGAGCAACGCCAGCCCGGGCCCGCGGUCGCACAACAACUCUUCCAUGCCUGUCACUCAACAGAAUCAUGUCAUUCCCAUCAGAGGGCCUCGGCCACUGGACCAGGUUACCUGCUACAAGUGCGGAGAAAAGGGCCACUACGCCAACAAGUGUAAUAAGGGCCAUCUUGCCUUCUUGAUUGGACAGUGACCUUAAAGUUGGUGUAAUGAGACAACAGGGAAGAUGGUGGACACUUUACAGGUUGACCUCCCAACUGAAAUCCCUAGAACAACCUGUGAUUUGUUUUUUUUCUAGUCAGUCGACUCAUACACAGGCACAAAGAGAUUUACAUCAAUUUGUAUUCUUGCCUUUUAUACAGUGUGGGGGGAAAAAAUGGCAAGAUGCCAUUGUCGUGUGGGUUACUUGGAAUUCUCACAGACAAAAAUAGUGUCUAUUUGUUCUAUUAGUUGUGCUUAUGUUAGCCUUUUUGUACUAAAGAUUUGCAGUUAUUUCAUAAAUGCGUCAAACCCCAGAAAUCACUCCUCACAAGAAACAGUAGCUACACCGAUAAGUACUGUCUUCAUAACCUCAUAAAUGAUGAUGUGUGACACAUUCUCAGUGUGUAAAUAAAUGUGCCAUUCUAAAAUGGGUUGUAUUUGAAAUCCUGAACAAGAAUA